CCUCCCAGAAUCGAUCCUUCGGUUACUAUGAUGACAGUUGAAGAGAAGCCCGACGUUACCUACGGUGAUGUGGGCGGAUGUAAGGAGCAGAUUGAGAAGCUUCGUGAGGUCGUCGAACUCCCACUCUUAUCUCCCGAACGAUUUGUGAACCUCGGUAUCGACCCCCCUAAAGGUAUCCUUCUCUACGGCCCCCCGGGGACUGGAAAGACACUCUGCGCACGAGCAGUUGCAAACCGUACCGAUGCUACCUUUAUCCGUGUUAUCGGUUCAGAGCUUGUUCAGAAGUAUGUUGGUGAAGGGGCACGAAUGGUCCGUGAGCUUUUUGAAAUGGCUCGUACCAAAAAGGCUUGCAUUAUCUUUUUCGACGAAGUUGAUGCCAUCGGAGGUGCUCGUUUUGAUGAUGGCGCUGGCGGUGAUAAUGAGGUUCAGAGAACCAUGUUGGAGUUGAUUACCCAGUUGGAUGGUUUCGACCCUAGAGGAAACAUCAAAGUCAUGUUUGCAACCAACCGGCCCAGUACCCUUGAUCCUGCUCUUCUCCGGCCUGGACGUAUUGAUCGAAAGGUGGAGUUCAGUCUGCCAGAUUUGGAAGGGAGGGCAAACGUUUUAAGGAUUCACGCAAAGAGCAUGAGUGUUGAGAGGGACAUUAGAUGGGAAUUAAUCUCCAGACUUUGUCCCAAUAGCACUGGAGCUGAAUUGCGGAGUGUGUGCACUGAAGCCGGAAUGUUCGCUAUCCGGGCCAGGCGAAAGGUAGCGACUGAGAAGGACUUCUUGUCCAGUGUCGAGAAAGUCAUCAAGGGCAAUCUCAAAUUCAACUCCACCGCUACUUAUAUGCAGUAUAAUUAGUUUAGAAGGUAGGUAUCUAGAGUUAGUUCAGGUGCAGAGCCUGAAAUUGUACAGUACUGGAGUCAGAAAAUUUGAGCUAUUAUUAUGAAAAAUA